CUAUCAUUUUAACUAGUUACUCAGCAAACCAAUGUUUUCUCUGCACGUGGCCUUACAAGUUUUUCAUGUUUCAUACCUCUGAAAUAAGAUAUAAUUUAUCUUGUAUCGUAAUUCAAUGUCAUGUACUGCCAGUUAUGCAGUAGACUGCACUAGAGGUUUAACACGGCCAUGAUACUGUACAUCUUACAUUAUUUAAAACAAAACGCAUACUAACUAUACGAUAAUAGGGCUGUUACACUAACGGAAUAGUUAAAGACGAGAGGAAUACGUCCCCGCGGUUCAACUUCACUGUGACAUUCACAUUUACGGAUAACAAAUGUUAAAAUGUAAUAUGUGAGUGUUUUAUAUAUUUGCAUGUUUGCAAUGAUACUUUCCAUUCACUACAGUGAGUUUUACACAGAACGACACGAGGAUUUACUAUAUCAAUAUAGUAAUAAUACUCGACUUAACGCGGAAGCUUUACAACCGUUUAGAAUAAACAUUAAAUUGAAUUAAAUAGCAUUGUGAAAUAUUUAAGAGUUAUUUUCAUUCAUUUCUAAGUUAUUUUGUGUUAAACACGGAAUUAUUUAUAUGCAAAUUUAUAAGAAUGAGUCUAACGUGAAAUGAAAAGACUAAAUUUAUUGUCACAUAAUUGUAACUUAUUUUAAACACAUGGGCGUAUUCAGGCCGGUACGAUAUAAUCACUGUUGAAACAUUGACACAGUUCUUAUAUUAAAGAGAUUUCACUUAAAAAAUUUAAAACUGCUUUUUUUAUCUUGUUGUGUGUCCAUACAUAAAAUGUCAAAAAUAUUUUAACAUUUGUUAAGUGCUUUUCAACAUACUGUUUUAAAUAUUACUAUAUCAAGUUGUACAAUUUGUCGUCACAUUGUUUUACCGACAUUCUUAUACUUGUGAGAUAUUAUUUUUCAUUUCUGUGAGAGAUGUUAGAAAUGUAAAAGAACGUUCUAUUUAAAUGUUUUUGUCAAAAAAGUCUUGGAUAUUGUGACUGACUUUGACAGUGAUAUGUGAAAAACGAAAGCGAGGAAAAAGUUCUCAUUUUCGACGUCUCUGUAGUGUGCCGGAAAUGAUAGAGACAGAUGUUGGAUCGUUAAAACUUAAAUCUCACACUGUGAAAUAUUUCAACUUUAAAAAACAAAUGAAACAAGUGCCGACCACUGCGCCAGAUUUUUACUACGUGCCGAGAGAUAGUGGAAGUGAAAACAAAUAUAUGGACAUAUCAAACGUGUCGCCCAGUCAUUUAGUAAAUAUGCAGUCAGAAGAAAACGAGGAAUCAAUGAAAAAUGAUGAUGAGGAAUAUGUAAAGGACAAAAGAGCAAGCUGUGUCUGUAAGUGCCACUGCAGACGAAAUUAUCAAAGAAAUGGACUUACUAGGAAAUCUAAAUUGAAAUCCGCAAAGCUCACCAGACAUUUCAGUAAGGAUAAAUUAAGUAACAUUACGCAACGGCAGAAAAAUACAAUUGGAUUAAUUAAAGUAAACAAUACAUCAAAGGAGUUUAGAACUCGCUUAAAAAGUGAACAUUAUUCGGAUAGGGAAGAUAAAGGGUUAGGUGACGGUCACAAGGGAUAUAUAAACUUGCUGUGUCUACACGUAAAGAAAAAUAUGGCAAAAUUAUUGUGUCACUGUGUAAUAUUGUUAUUAUUGUGCCUAUGUGGAGUCGUUAUGGUGCAUCAUAAUAUUGGCGAGACAAAAAACACAUUAAUACACAAUGUUGGAGGAUAUAAACACAAACAAAACAGUUAUAUUACAACACCUGAAUCUUCAAUUCUAUUGGAUAUCCCGUUUAGAAGUGUAUCAGAAGACGAUUUUGAAAAGCAUUUAGCUAAAUCAAAAAGUGCCGCUGAAAUGUUAAAGAUAUUCUUCAGUGAUUCUAGUUUGACUGACGAACAAGUGAAUUCCAUAAUGUACAUGAAAAAUAAGUACGGGUCAAGAAGUCUAGAUACGAGUUUAAUGAGGGAUGCCGAAUAUAACAAUAGGGAGAUUGCCUAUCAGCAUUAUCUAGAAUUUGAGAGAAGCAAGCUGGCGGACUGCAGUGAACCUAAACCGGAAAUUGUGCGUAUAGAAGACACAUAUUCUGACUCGAUACGGUAUUAUCUCCCUUCUUGUACCGUUGUUCACCGGUGUAGUAAUACCACGGCUUGCUGUCCGCGUGGCUAUGUGUGCGCACCAAAGAAAGAAAAUGGAAUAGAAGUAAUAGACAGAUUCUUUAUGGUGCUAGAAAAAAAUCCUGAUACGAACGAUCUUCACCCAGCAAAAGAUCUUGUGGCGGCAAAAUCUGUUAUCAAUCAUACAGCAUGUGAGUGCCAAAAAGUAGAUGUUAAUACAAAUUGCCGUAAAGAUUGCCCGGCACAGUUUACCAAACGGCGACCAGGCGCUGACUGUGAAUGUAUAUGCUCACCCGGACAUAGAAAAUGCCAUAAAAUACAUAAAGGUUUAUUACCCUUAGAUGAGAAAGAUUUAGAAUGCAUUAAAGAGGAGAGAUGUAUAUUACCCUCGUGUCAUUCUGGAGAGUUCAGUAUCUUCACAGGAUUUUGUCCUCACUUCCGGCGACAUCGUGGGUGAUGAGAAUCUAGCAAUCAGGAAACGGAGAAAUGUUUUUCAUGUGAUAUUCAUUUUGAUAUUAAGGAUUAGGGACCCUAAUGAACAUGUAUUUGGGCUGCCAUAUUGGUAUUUUUAGAUAAAGAUGUCACGGCUAAGGUGACAAAAAUGUACUAAAAUAGGUAUUUCGAAAGUUGCCAAAAGAAAGCGGGGAGCUUUUGGUUAAAUAUGAUAUUACCCGAAACUACUCGAUAACUACCGAUCAUUAGGGUUCGUGAUCCUUUAUGUUAUUUUUACAAAGACUUCAUUCGAAUAACAUACUCGAUUUGAACGAGAAAAUUAACAGAACAGACACACGUCAUGUAGGACUUAUUUAUAAUCAUCUAGGAACUCACACGGUCCAACAUUGUUUAUAUUCUGACGGAUGUUUGUUUGUUAUACAAACAAUGCUCAUGUUGUUGAAGCAGAAACAUUAUGUCAUUAGCGGAUGUGAAGUGAUUGAAAUAGUGCUAUCGACUCAAAAUAAUCAUUAACUGGGUGUGUUUCAAAUGUUUCAAUAAAAGGAAGCACGAAAACAAAUAGUCAAGUAAAGUAGAAUUUUGAUGGUGAAACUAAAGUAACGCACAACUGGACUCAUGGCAUGGUCUUGAAAAAUGGAACAAUUUGCUACAGGGUUGAAUUGAUGCCAUACAGUUGGAUAUGAAAAUAACUGAUGAAUGACGUUAUAAUAAUCAGAUUAACAGAGAACAUUCAAAAUCACACGAGAUUGUUACAAAUCUGUAGCUGUAUUGCUCAGGAUAUAUUUUUACUAUAAGUAGGUUUUGUGACAAAGCUAAAAGUGAUAUUCAAAAGAUAAAAUUGUUAUUAGGCAGGGUGGGGUGGGGGUAAUUUCAUGUUUCAUACCCUGGAUAAAUCAACAUAGCAUAAUAAAUGAUUAAAUUGAACAAGAAUGUAGUUUGGUUCAAAAAAAGCGCCCAACAUUAAUCAUAAUAUGCUUUAGAAAAAAGUUCAAAAAAGGAGCAACACGAACUUGUCUUCAAUAUUUAUCACUAAUUUUGUUUGAAGAAUGUGCCAAUUUGUUUAUGAUCAAAGACGAGUUUCAUGGUAUAAAGAUUUUACUAACAGUUAUAGAAUGUAAAAGCUUUGAUCAACUUUACCUUCGUAUUUAUCAGUUAUAUUAUAUGUUUGCCAUUAGUUUCAAAGAAUUAUAAUUAUAUAUGUGGAACUAUGACGUGUACGAAGAGACUAUAUAACUACUUUAAAGGGUUUACAUAAUUCCUGUGAUAUCAGCGUCGAAUCAACGAGAGGGCAUUUUCUGCUCUUAUACAACAAAAUGAUUUUGAUAUGUUUACUUGUACAUUUACAAAAAUGACUUGUACUUACAUGUAUAAGAAAUUGUACGAUCAUGUAUCAUGAUGACAGAAUUAUAUGUAUAUUUGGCAAGAA